UUUGCUAGCAUAGGGCAUAGGGGUGGGGGCUCUUGAGCUGUUUCUAAGGCUUUGGCCAGGUCUAGCCACUGUUCCGUGCUGCAAGGGGGGUGAGGGAAUUUGCUCCUUUUUGCUUUGAGACACAUCAAAGGAAAGAGCUGGGUGCAUGGACUGUUUGUAUAAGACAAAACAAAGUGCAGGUGGAAAAGAAAGCCAAGUUAUUUUCUUGUAAAAACGCAGAGGAACGAGCAUAGUGUGAGUGGGACUGAAAAGCAAAAUACUCAGGACAGCACAAAACUGUUGGGCUGCCAUGGUGGUGCAACGUCUCAUUCACUCAGAGUUGGGCUGUAGUGGACAUCCCUGUCCCACAGCACAACUCUGGGUGGGAUAAAUAGCCAGGGCAGGGGCAGUAAGCUCAGAUAUUCACUCUGGUACUGCUGCUGACUCUCUCUCAUGGGGGAGGGCAGGUAGAAUUCUGCCUCAGUUUCUCCAUCAGCAAAGCAGAGAUCAAAAGGCUUAGCUUGCCUCAUGGCUGGAGGUGUGAACAGAGGUUCCUGAUGAGAAGUGUCUCAGGUGCCUGUGUCAGACUCCAGGAAUUUUGGAUUUCAGACAUCGCUUGGUAGGUCACAGCAGGCCCUCCCACCCUGGCUUUUCCUUUAUCAACUGCAGACACUUUGCUCAAGUCAGGGACGAAGCAGAAAGCACAAAGGUCAGCUGGAGAGCACACAGGUCCCCAAGGACACCCGGAGCCCUGCUGGGACAAUGGAGGCUGUGCUCCACAGUGUACUUUAUAGACUGAUAAAGUGCAGAGGUUCAAGUCAUUGAGUUUGUACAAACUCCCCAGCACAUCGUAUUGAGAUUGCAAAAGGCAGGAGCUGGCACACUGCUUUAACUAGUAAAUGCAAAUCUGUCUGUUCCCAUCCUCCUUAGGCCCACAUGAGCCUAUGCUGAUCAUAUUCAUCCUUAAAGCUCCAAACUCACACAGAUACUAUUGGGUGAAAACACGGUCUUGUUGCAGGAAAACUAAAGCUAGAACAGUAAAAAUGAAUGCGUAGCUUACAGUUUGGAAGAGUCUCAAUGGAAUAUAAUCUCUCUUGACUGUUUGCUAUUUUCCACACUCUGCAUCAUCCAUACCCCUUCCCGUAGCUCUUUUUGAAACCAGCAGUGCAGUACCCUCAGCUGAGCAGCUGCAGAGUACAGACAGCUGCACUGCCAGUCUCUGUACUUUUCCAUAUCUCCGCUCUGAUGCCUUCCUACUAUCAACUGGUUUUCCCAAAAGGACAGUGAAGGAAUGGGAGGUGCCCAUGCUUUAUUCUUUUGUGUGUCUCAAUGGGGUAAGAAAACAGCUUGAUGCAGCGCUUAGUGCCUGAUGAGGUGUAUGAGGUUUUCACAUGAAAUGGAAACCACGCAGAAAGGAAUCCCACAGGCUUUGGUUGAAUAAGAAUAAUGAAAGGGAGAGGAGAGUGCAUCAGCCUCACUAAUUGAUCCUGAGAAGGUCUGGCCAACUCCAUAGGCUUGCAAACACAAAAGACUGCCCACAAAAUGUAACCCUUCCUUCCCCCAGGACCUUGGUGUGCAAUGGGGCUUCUUGUGCAGGAAAUAUCCUGUUGUCCAUUGCUCGUCAGUGAGGAGCAAUCAAACCAUCCCACAGAUGACCUCUGUGUUGGGGGUAUCUCCGUAAAUUGGAGAUUUUAGGCCUCGUGAUUUCUGCAUCCAGAGAGUCUUUACUUUUUUCUUAAUUCUCAUGCUUUCAACCAUUUAAUUCCUAAUCAUGUGCCUUUAACCACAUGAUUUGGAGAAGAUCCAAAUCAAGGCAGCAACAAGCCCAAACAAACACUUCAGAAACAACCCUUUGCUUUUUGUAGAUACUUCACCCAAACAGCUUUGCAGAUAAAGCAGAAGCUGUGCAAAAUCAGAAAAAUUCCCCAGGCAAAGCAGAGUCUAGAGCUGUUGAAUUCUGCAUUUGUCUGUGGGGAAUGACUGAAUAGAUGAAUUCUGACUUUGUAUAGAAAAGUGUUAAGAAAGUCGAUUUAUCACAGGAUAAUGAAGGACAAUUCCUUGUGUGUAGGACUGCACAGCUUGGUCUCUUCACAGCCCUCUGAUGACAGUGAUAUUCCCUGUCUUUGCUUGGGUGAGACAGGACGUGGGCCCCAUAUGUUCCCCAGGAGCCAGGAGGGGCCAGUAGAGGAGAUCAGCAGCUGCAGGUGACACAGCAAGAACCAACAAAACCACAGCGUCCAGAUGGGUCUUGGCUUGGCUGGAUCAGCACAGCAUGCUCAGGCACAGACUCACAGUACUGGCCCACCUCAUGGCCAUGGUGGGCUAGAGCUUGGCUCCCUGCUUGUGAGCCUGGUAACCUACCUCUGGGUGGGGCACAGCCACAGCUCAGUGCUGAUCGGCGUGGGUGUAGAAACUCUACAGCGAGGGCAGUUCAAAAGCCUGGCUUUCUACCUGCUUUUUUCAGGUAUUGCAGUUACUGUCUGUGAAGGCUUCUUCUUUCUCAGUUUGUUCCUGGAGAUGUGCUUCACAUAUGAGCCCGACUCUUUGGCACAUUCCUGCUGGAAGCAAGCCAGACGCCCAGGGAGUUUCCAGAAAUUCCUGGGGUACACUCUGCUCUCAGUGGCUUGCUUUUUGCAUCCCGUCAUCGUCUGGCAUGUCACCAUACCUGGGUCCAUGCUUGUUCUCACUGCCUUGGCCUACUUCCUGCUGAGCAAGAGGAGAAAGACCUCAGGGCACAAAGACGCGCAUCCUGAGGCAGGCCAGUACGUGGACCCUUCAGCUACUAUGGCAGCCCCAACCAUUGCUGGUGACACUGAGCAGACCUACACCUUCCAUGAGGCCCAGAGGGAGCAGCACUGCUCACUGCUGGGCCACAUGAAGAGCAUCCUGAAGGGCAGCAAGGACAGAAGUCUGACCCAUCCAGCUGCACUCCAACCGGAGGUCCCACCAGCCCCACGCAAGCAAGUGCACUUCCAGGAGAAGGUGGUGCAAAUCAUCCCUUCUGUCAGCGAAAGCCUGGAUGAUGUGGAAAGUGAGACUGAAGAAACCACAUCAGAUACAGCACCCAUCCUCACCCCUCCUGAUACCCCUGUCGUCCUCACACCCCUCAGUCCCACAGGACUGUUUUGAGGACUCACCAGCAACAAGGAUAAGGCAGGCACACUUGUACUUGAGUUCCUCUCUGAGAUUCAGGCAGCUGAUAGACCUUGUGCCAUGGGCAGCGCUGCCACAAUGACUAGAGUAUCACAGCUUCCUCUGCAUUUGCUAUGAUCCUGGCAGGUCAGCAGGAAAUCCCACAGGCCAACCCCACAGCUAGUAAGGAGGAUGAGGGAUGGAGUGUGUGUCACCCAUGCCCCAGUGUGGAGGAAUGGCCCUUCUUGCCCUCCCUACCCUGGCUGGUUCACCUGUUAAGCAGGGACUGCAUGUACAGAUCAGGACUGCAGAGCUGGUGACAGGGACUGUGGUAGUCUGCAGCCCUACAACACCAUGCCCAGGGGACAGGCCAUGGACUGACCAGCCCAUUGGAAAAACAGUAAGGUUUCUCCUCCUGGGAAUUUCUCUCUAUGGCUUCAUUCAUCAUCUAUUACAGAAUGACAUGCCACAGCAGCAGCUUCUGCCUAACAUCACAGCCAUGGCAUUUGCUUCCUAUGAGGCAGUAAGAGGCAGGAAGAGUGCUACCACCAUCCAUCAAGCAGCCCCUGUUGGGAACAGUUGUCUUCUGACUGUCCUUG